AAAAUCCUUCUCUAUGCAGCCCUACACAUCGACGAAACUCUGCCUUUUUCCCACUCGUAGCAGACGCCCAUGCCUCCCUUGCCGACCGUACUCAUAAAUCUGCAGCUGGAGCGCUUCUCACAAUCAUGCAAUCCUUUAACCACCCUCACCUUUUCCGUGUUUCCAGGUUGUCGUUGUUGCUGACACACCACCACUGGCGAACCCUCUUCCAAACACGCCAUCGCCCAUGAAUCGUACAUCCCUCGCUAUUGUCAGCUCGAUUAGGGCCCUGCCCUUGAGGGCCGAUUCGCAACUCAUCUCUUCCCCCCAUUCCAUUCUUUUUUUGCUCGCCACGAUGGAUUCUCCGAGCACUCGACGUUGUGGACAGACCUGUCCUCCUCCAAACCCGUCGGUCGUGACGACUACAGAUGGGUCCUCGAAUGAUCUCUCCAUCAUCUUCUUCACCCGCCAUCUCUGUGUCGUGCACCGGUAGUAGCUCCCCGAAGAAGAAGAAUUGCUAUUGUGGAUCGCUUCAUGAGGCCUUUGAUUGCUUCAUAUGGUUGAUGAGUAAUGGAAGAAAAGAAAAGUAACAGGUUAGAGAUGAAGGAAGGCGGAAAUGACCAAGUGGGUACAAAAACUUUAACUGGCAACAUUUCUUCAUUGAUGUUUCAGGUCUAUUUCAGUUGUUCUUCUCUCCUUUUUCAGUUCCUUCUCCAACCACUGAUAACUUUCCUUUUCUCCUCGACUUGAUUCAGUUGUGUAACCAUUAAAUGAUGAUGCAUGGCCUGUUCAUAUCUAGCUAGCUUAAUUUGCCUUAUGAGUUCAUAAAUUUAUGAAUGCACUAAUGUCUACAUUUUUCAAGCCCCGGGAUAAGCAAGGGCCUCUUAUGUAUCAGUGAUGAGUUGAAUCUGUUCUAAUAUUGUGUGUUUUAGUUUCAUGCUUCUUUUAAGCAGGUUGGGACGCCAUUUAACUUUCUAUCAAAGGAACCCAUAAUAUAAAGGAACCAAGUAUUUGACCAUAAAAAAACAGACUUGAUAACAGAGAAGCCAAAUGCCUGGGACUCACUUCAGCUGUUGGUUCAUGGUUUCAAAGCCUAUCUUUUACAAAAAAGAAAAAAUUCAUUCGGAAUGUAAUUAGCUUUUCUAUUUAGCCUGCUCGCAGAUAUCACCUUGACAUCUCAUUGUAGUUGCUAUGAAGCAAUGGUUUUUGCACGACAAGGUGAAGCCACAUGUUGUGCACAGAGACAUCCGUGCUAGUAAUGUGCUGCUCGACGAGGACUUUGGUGCCCACCUAAUGGGAGUCGGUCUGUCAAAGUUUGUUCCGUGGGAAGGAAUGCAAGAGAGAACAGUGAUGGCUGGUGGCACACAUGGGUAUCUCGCUCCAGAGUUUGUCUACCAGAACGAGCUCACAAGCAAGAGUGAUGUCUACAGUUUCGGGGUGCUACUGCUGGAAAUAGUCACAGGGCGUCGGCCUGCACAGGCUGUCGAUUCAGUGGGUUGGCAAAGCAUAUUUGAAUGGGCCACGCCUUUAGUACAGGCGAACCUCUACCCUGAGCUCUUAGAUCCGCAUGUGUUUCUAUCUUCUUCGUCGGAAGUUCCGGAAGCUGGUACCAUUCAGAAGGUUGUUGACCUCGUGUAUGCUUGUACUCAACAUGUACCAUCCAUGCGGCCUAAAUGUCUCAUGUUGUUCACCAGCUACAGCAGUUGGGCCAUCAAUCCUCUGUUGUUUACAUGUAAGUUUCAGUUGUGCCGUAGAGCUUGGACUUAUAACAACAGUAGAUAGACCUGUCCCGUUUCGGGUCGAGGAGGAAGUGCAUCUGUUCUAAACUAGUUUAAGUGAUGACCUGUAUCUUAUUAGGAAUCUCAAUUGCAGCCUUUGCUUGCCGUUUAUUUGUUCAUGAG